AAGAUCUUGAAUAAAAGGUGGGCACUUUACGUCUUCUUCACAUUUGUCCUAAAGUUAAGCAACUCUCCACUACUAUCUUUCGUUGACCUCUUACUCUUCAGACAUGUCUUCUUCUGCUAUUUGGCAACUUACCAUCUCUCUCAAUAAGCACCGUUAUUAUUCUCCAAGAUUGGGUUUUUAUCACCGGUUUCCAUGGCUUCUUCUUCUUCUUCUUCAUUUCCAACCCCUCAAAAGGUAAAGAAGAGGGCAUUUAUUUGCAGUUGCUGGUCUUCUGUAUUUCUGCUUUCUGCAGGUUUCUUCAUUGCCACUGCUGUUUUCGUUCUCACAGAUUACAGACAGAGGUUUUUAGGGUGGCAGCUGAUUGAAACUGUCAGGACAUCAGAACCCACUUGUCAGGAUGAAUGCAAGGCUGUUGGAACUGAGACAUUGCCUAGGGGUAUUGUUUCUAAAACCUCUGAUCUGGAGAUGCGGCCGCUUUGGGGUUCUGCUAAACAGCAUUGUACAUUCUCUCCCCUUAUCUCUUUAAUUUGUUCCCAGAAGCCCAAGUCUCCAAUGAGCUUGUUAGCAAUGGCAGUUGGGAUAAAGCAGAAGAAGAACGUAGAUGAAAUCGUAAAGAAGUUUCCAUUAUCUAAUUUCAUGAUUAUGCUUUUCCAUUAUGACGGGCUGGUGGAUGAAUGGAAAGAUUUGGAGUGGAGUAGAAGCGCCGUUCAUGUUUCUGCUCCCCAUCAAACAAAGUGGUGGUUUGCCAAGCGGUUCUUGCAUCCCGAUAUCGUUGCAGAUUAUGCUUACAUUUUCCUCUGGGAUGAAGAUCUCGGGGUUCAACAUUUUAAUGUUGCAAGAUACUUAUCGAUAGUGAAAGAAGAAGGGCUUCAAAUAUCACAGCCCGCAAUAGAUGCUGAGAUAUCAGAGGUUCAUCACAAGCUUACUGCUCGAGAAAAUGGAUCAAAAGUUCACAGGAGGGAAAUAAACAUUAGAGGCCCGGGAAGGAGGUGCUUCCCCGACAGCCAGGGUCCUCCUUGCACUGGAUGGGUGGAAAUGAUGGCUCCGGUUUUCUCUAGUGCAUCGUGGAGAUGUGUGUGGCACAUCGUUCAGAACGACCUGGUUCAUGGAUGGGGCGUCGACUUCCAAGUUGGUUAUUGCGCACAGGGUAACCGAACCGCCAAUGUUGGGGUGGUUGAUACUGAAUAUUUGGUUCACUACGCCCUCCCUACACUUGGGGGGUCAUCAAACGAGACAAGUAAUGAAGCAAAAGGCCAAUCCUCAUCUCAUCCAUCUGAUGCUAGAAAUGCAGUGAGGAAGCAAUCUUAUGUUGAGCUAGAGAUCUUUAAGAACAGAUGGGGAAAAGCUGUUAGAGAAGACAAAUGUUGGGUUGACCCAUUUUGAAGCCAAAGAGGACUCUUACAUAUAUGCAUCACUAAGGAAUUGAAAAUUCUUUCUAUCCUUUUUAAUAGAAAGGAAAGUUGUAUCAAUUAUUGAUUGUCAUGUAGUAUACUAAUAUCAUAUUAUCAAAAGUCUAAAAUUUCUUGAA